CCACAUUAAUCUUCAGCUCAGCUCUACUCCGCAACCUCCAUUCUCACCACCACUACUACUAGCACCGUAUAACCAUAUAUACCGACUGCAGCAUGCAAUAAUGCCGUACCCCUUCUCCCUCCCCACGACCUCCCAAGUCUCCUUCACCUCCAGCCUCUCAAGCUCUACGCACCCUUCGCUACCCUUGACCGCAACCACAUACCGGGGUGUUCUUCGGAACACGCUGAAACGGCAUAAACGCCUUCCCCCUGGCGCGCAAUCUUCGGGACUAUCCCACGUCCUUGGCUCUCUGAACGACUAUAUCCCGUAUCUAUUCGCCCUAGAUUGCGGACUGAGCGGGACACCCAUAUCCACACUUGGCAACGACGAGCAGCCCAAUGAACAUGGCGCAGCCGACGAAGGGGAAGAAGUCGAUAUUAUACUACACCACGAGGUAGAAACCGAAUGGCGGGCCACCCUUUCGUCCUCCUCGUCUUUUAGCAGGCCCAUGGGGUCUGUGAUUGAGAGACCACGGGUCAAACUGCACAGCCUCGAAUACGAGCUCUUCUUCGUCCUGUCUACGCUCGCAACGACAUAUACGCUAUUAGCGCGCAGCCAAUUGCACAUUCUCUACGGAGGAUCUCCAUUCGGCACUACCAAUCCAGACAGCGUGCUGCAAUGCGCGUCGCCCAGUCCCGAGGCGCGCACGACAGCUAUUACCACCGCAACAAAAUACUUUCUCCAGGCUAAUUCCAUAUACAAUUACCUCGUGGACCGCGCGGGGCGAAAUACCGGCAUGCCGCCCGUCGCAGUGGCAGAUAUCUCCCUUCCUGCUCUCAACGCAUUAAGUUCGCUCGCCAUGGCAGAAGCUACCCUGCUGGCUGUUCUCAAGGACGAUCCGUACCCAGCGGCCGUGGCGCAGGACCGGAACAAGCACGAUCGCGAAUGGAUGAUUAAAGCUCCAGAUCUGCCCAAGGUCCGAGCGCAUCUCUUUGCGCGGUUAUGUCUCGCAGCGGCAGACCAUGCAAGUCGCGCAAAAGCCAUGCUGCAGUCUGUUGCCGCGUCCUCUGCCUCAUCUCUCAGCGGCGGAAGUGGCGGCAGUGGCGGCGCCAAGCAAAGCAACAGUACGAAAAUCGACGACUCCUUGAUAAAAUACCUCGACGACCUACGCAGGACCGCUCGCGCCAAGGCGUGCAGAUUCUUCGGCAUCGACGCAGACUUGUCUGGUCGCACGGGCGAAGCAAUCGGCUGGCUACGCGCGGGAAAGAAGGAACUCGGUCUAGACGACUACAAGUCUGGAUCAGCCAACCCUGCUAUUAGCGGUAGUAGUAGUUCCCUUGGUGGCGGGGGCAGCGGAGGAGGAUUCGGACGAUUAAAAAAGACGCUUUUGGAGAAACGCGAAGACAAGAAGAUUGAAAAGGGCGGCGACUGGGGCCGAGACGCGGGCAGAUUCGAAGAAGGGCGUGUCAAUGACAUGCUGGAGAAGAAGUGGGUCAAGAUGAAUGAUACGAUAUCCACACAGCUCGUCCCACCACCAGACGCGCUCCUCUCGCAAAUCCCUUCGGGGCGCGACAUCCACAGCCCCAAACGCUACGUCCCGCCACAUCUCGAGCCGCAUGUCCUCGCCCAGAUGCGUGCCCCUCUUGACCCUGAUCCUGAUCCCGAUUCCCCUUCUUCCCUUUCCCCUCCUCUUUCUCCACCUUCUUCGUCAUCUGCCGCCUACCCCCAUAAUACUGUUGACGGCGUAGAUCACCUCGCUGCCCGGACUGCCAGGAUGGAUGUCUUGAACGAAAAUGAAUCUAGUAGCGACGAUGACGAAGACGACGGUGUUCCCGGGCCUGGCGAGGGACGGACCGAUGGUGCUGCGCGCAACGAUUCAUCUAGGAGAGCAGGCGGAGGAGGCGGAAGAGGGAGUGACAGGAGGGACAGGAGGGACGAAAGCGAUGGACCGGCGCCCGUGGGAGCGUUUCCUGGGACGACGAGGGGGGAUUAUGUCGGCCGCACCGGGACCGCGACAGGGAAUGGUAGUGGGAGUGGGAAUACGUAUUAUUGACGGUACUGAUGAUGAGAAGAUGUUAAGAUGCCAGGCAUAUGUAUAUAUACUAAAUAGUCACGCAAGGACAAAGAUGUCACGGUGCACAAAGGGAACAAGAUGGAAAUAUUGAGCGAGAUGAGCGAAUGAGAGAAUGGUGAGCGAAACAUGGAAAAUGGAAAAGAUACGUAACGUGGAAAGAUGCACAGAGUAGAGCGUUAAUGAGUUUUGUAGACUAGAAUAAAUUGGAGAAUACACGUCUAAAGCGGACGCCGGGUUAUAAGGUACAUGAUGCCAUAUCAGAAAAAUUACUGAUGGAGUUGAUGCAGAAAGCUGGGAAGUCGGGAAGCUAGGAAGGUAGGAGACUGG